GAACAACAUGAUCUAGAUCAUGAUGAACAAUUACAUACAAACGGUGAUGAGGCAUUACAUGAUCACACUACCAGAUAUGAACAUGGACCCAAUGACGAAUCAAGUAAACAUGAACAGAUACUAGAUGACUAUGGUGGAUGGUACAGCAGUAAAGGUCACAGCCAGCAUGGCCCACGUAAUGACUACAAACAUCAAAGCUACGGUUAUAUACCUCGCCGCAAUGGAGUGAUAUUCUGUGGGGCUCUAGGAGCACCUUCAAAUGGUUCCCUAGAUGGCACCUCAGGCAACACAAUUGGUGACCUAAUUGUAUUCUCAUGUGACACUGGCUAUACACUUAGUGGAAGCUCUAUCAGAACAUGCCAGUCAGAUGGAAAUUGGAGUGGAACAGCAACAGUAUGUACCAUUGUUGACUGUGGAGCAUUGGCUACUCCAACAAAUGGAUUCCAAACUGGGACAACUACAACGUAUCAGUCUGUCAUCACAUUUGGAUGUAACACUGGAUACACAUUCAGUGGCAGCGCCACAAGGACAUGUCAGGCCAAUGGGGCGUGGAGUGGCACUACAGCAUUUUGUACUAUUGUCAAUUGUGGCACAUUAGCCACCCCAACGAAUGGGGCCAUAACCAGUACAACAGGGAACACAUAUUUGGGGGUGAUAAACUUUGAGUGUGACUGUGGUUAUAUUCUAAGUGGUAGUGCAUCAAGGACUUGUCAGUCUACAGGUGCAUGGGAUGGGACCGCCACUGUAUGUACUGUAAGAGAUGCUGCCACAUGUUUUUUGGCUGGUUCUCCUUGUGAUUGUGCCUUGGAAUGUUGCUCUGGAGAUUGUUUCAUUGAUACCUGCCAAUAGAUGCAUUGAUACCUGCCAAUAGAUGCAUUGGUACCUGCCGAUAG